GGAAUGAAAAAUAAAUCCCGAUGUCAAAUAAGGGAGGCAAAAUUUUUAGUGUCAUAUAGGGAACCAUAUGUUUAUCUGAUGCUAUAUAAGGAAUUUUCUGUAACCAUUUCAAGUAGAAAAUGUGCCUAAAAAUGCCUAUCAAGGAUACGAGAAAACAAAUAAACACCAAAAAGAAGAAAAGACAGUUCGAAAGUGAGGCCUGCGAGCAGCCGUGAAAACGCGAGCAUUCUUUUAGUUGCAGAGAAAACACCUGACCUUCAGUGCCAGCACACCAGCUGCAUUAGUUUCUGUCACUCAGGAUGUUUUUCUCUCCGCAUGCGAAGCCUGCUACUUAGAGUGAUUACUGAUUACGUUAAAACAAGCCCAAAGCAAAGCUGUCCCAGUAACCAUCACAGCUGUUACAAAAAAAGAAACACAAGCAGCCAAUGAGCCAAGCACAUCGUCGCGGACCCUCUGCAGAUCCGCCUACGUUCCAACGGCACGGAGCUAUGCACCAAAGCGCCUCCUGCAAAACCGAUGCCAGCGGAAACAUCACCUCCAAAGCUGCAAUUACUGGACAAAACACCGCAAUUUUGGCCGUGCUCGGCCGCGGCCAACGCAACAUCGCAGGCUCAGAAACCUCCUUGUUCCCAGCGAAAGCGACGCCGCGGCGAAUGUGUCAGUGUCACACCUAUAAAGAUCAAUGCACCGCUAGCAACGAGGCAGCUGCAGCGGGAGCCUAGCACAGCCAUGCAUCGCCAGCAGCAGCAGCACCACCACCACCAUGAGGUGGCCGGCGCCCGGAGGGCCAGCCGGGAGGCGCCCAACGGGGGCCACAGAGCGGCCGAGAUGCCGGCUGCUGGUGGCCACCGCGCCGAGCGGGCGGAGAGGCCAGCCGGCCACCGCGUGGAGCGGGCCGAGACGCAGGCCACCACCCACGCAGGCGAUGCCCGGAGGACAGCGGCGGCGGAGAUGCCCGCGCGGCGGACGGAGCGGAAGACGAGCCUGGAGAGCUUCCUCGACGCCCCGGACAACGCGCGCGGGGUGCAGCAGCAGCACCAGCACCAGCACCGCGGCGGCGGCGGCCAUGAUCCCGCGCGGCAGGUGCCGGCUCCGGGGGAGAAGGUGAUGAGCUUCCCCGGGCAGGGGCUGGAGUUCAAGGAGCUGUCCUACAGCGUCAUCAAGAAGCAGAAGAAGGACGGCGUCAAGGUCAAGAAGGAGGUGUACCUGCUCAACGACAUCUCCGGCCAGGCGCUCCGCGGCCAGGUCACGGCGAUCCUCGGCCCCAGCGGCGCCGGCAAGUCGACGUUCCUCGACGCGCUCGCCGGGAGGAUCGCCAGGGGGAGCCUCGAGGGGUCCGUCAGCAUCGAUGGACGUCCGGUGACCACGAGCUACAUGAAGCAGAUUUCAUCCUACGUGAUGCAAGAUGACCAGCUGUUCCCGAUGCUCACGGUGCUGGAGACGCUGAGGUUCGCGGCCGAGGUCCGGCUGCCUCCCUCCCUCUCCAGGGAGGAGAAGCUGAAGCGGGUGUGGGAGCUUAUUGAGCAGCUGGGUUUGCAGACAACAGCUCACACGUACAUUGGGGACGAAGGGAUACGAGGCGUCUCCGGUGGGGAACGCCGCAGGGUGUCAAUUGGCAUAGACAUAAUCCAUAAACCAUCUCUGCUGUUUCUCGAUGAACCGACCUCCGGUCUUGACUCCACCAGUGCAUACAGUGUGGUGGAGAAAGUGAAGGAGAUUGCCAAAGGGGGGAGCAUUGUGCUGAUGACAAUUCACCAGCCAUCUUUCAGGAUUCAGAUGCUUCUCGACAGAAUUGUCAUCCUUGCAAGAGGAAGGUUAAUCUAUCUAGGCAGUCCAAUAACACUUCCCACAUACCUUGCUGGAUUUGGCCGACCCGUACCUGAUGGAGAGAACAGCAUUGAGUAUCUCCUGGAUGUCAUCAAGGAGUAUGAUGAAUCAACACUAGGACUUGAGCCUUUGGUUGCCUACCAGAGGGAUGGCAGCAAACCCAAUGAGGCGGCUAAAACUCCGAUACCAAAGACACCAAGAACACCAUAUCAGAAGUCAGUGCAGUUCCGACAAAUCCAGCUCAAAAGCAACCAGUUCUCUGUCACAACGGCAACACCUCAUGCUCAUCCCUUCUCAAAUUACGAAUCCUACAAUAUUGGCGAUGAGGAGGAAAAUUUUGACAACUCUCUUGAGAGGAAGGCACAGACACCAUUGCAUACUGGAACCUCAACCUAUCAUCCAAGACUAGCUUCACAGUUCUACAAGGAUUUUUCAGUUUGGGUGUAUCAUGGUGUCACAGGGACACCAGUGUCCCAUCGUAAACCUACAUGGACCCCAGCUAGAACACCAGCUAGGACCCCAAUGUCAAGCUACCAGCGCAGUGGUGUGGCAACCCCACACCAUCAACCUCCUCCAUCACCCCAUGAGCCAGUUUUCAAGCCAGAGGAGCCAACCUACCAUGAGUACCAGCAUGACCUUGAACCAUUAGAUGCCCCGGAGGAUGGUCCUAAGUUUGCUAAUCCAUGGCUCAGGGAGGUUGCUGUACUUUCAUGGCGUACUGCACUGAACGUAGUUCGCACACCAGAGCUAUUCCUCUCCCGGGAGAUUGUUCUCACAGUCAUGGCACUCAUCCUUUCAACACUCUUUCACCGCCUCAGCGAUGCAAACUUCACAACCAUCAACCGCCUCCUCAACUUCUACAUUUUUGCUGUCUGCCUUGUUUUCUUCUCCUCCAAUGAUGCUGUUCCCACAUUUAUCCAAGAGCGCUUUAUCUUCAUCCGUGAGAGGUCCCAUAAUGCAUACCGUGCUUCAUCUUAUGUGAUAUCCUCUCUUAUUGUCUAUCUCCCAUUCUUUGCUAUUCAGGGAUUCACCUUUGCAGUCAUCACAAAGUUCAUGCUUCAUUUACAAAGCAAUCUGGUGAAUUUCUGGAUCAUACUUUUUGCUUCUCUCAUAACAACUAAUGCCUAUGUGAUGUUGGUCAGUGCACUUGUUCCAAGCUACAUCACCGGAUAUGCUGUCGUUAUUGCGACAACAGCACUCUUCUUCCUCACUUGUGGGUUCUUCCUCAAGCGGACAAUGAUUCCUAUUGCCUGGAGGUGGCUCCACUAUAUCUCUGCGAUAAAGUAUCCGUUUGAGGCAUUGCUUGUGAAUGAGUUCAAAGGCAGUCGUUGCUAUGUUGGCACACAGAAUGAGCUUUCACCUGGACCUUUGGGACAAAUCAAGCCGAGUGAUCUUCAUAUCAGCCUGAAUUUGAACUCGACAUCAACGACAUGUCCCCUGAUAGGCCAGGAUGUGCUCUCCACCAUGGACAUAACAAUUGAUAACAUCUGGAUAGAUGUUGGAAUUCUCCUUGCUUGGGGUGUCCUCUAUAGACUUUUCUUCUAUGUGGUCCUGAGAUUCUACUCCAAGAAUGAGAGGAAGUAAGCAAAGUUUUCAGCAAAGGUGUAUGCAUAGCCAUUUAUCCCAUAUCUGUUUGCAAGAAACAGAUUCCGCUCCUAGAAACUUAAUUUAUAUCAUAGAAAGUUUGUACCAGAAAUGUUUAUUGAAUCAAACAAAGAUUUUUUUAUGUUCUUUAUAAUUAAUUAAAGCACUUGUCAUGAA